AUGUCCCCGCAAACGCCGUGGUGGAAAAACGCCACAAUUUACCAAAUCUACCCUGCCAGCUACAAAGACUCCAACGGAGAUGGCAUCGGUGAUUUGCCAGGCAUCCUCGGGCAGCUGGACUACAUCCAGUCACUGGGCGUCGAUGCAAUCUGGAUAUGUCCCAUGUAUAAGUCCCCCCAGGUCGACAUGGGAUAUGACGUGGCCGACUAUGAAGAUGUACACGGCCCGUACGGGACCGUCGCGGACGUCGAAGCCAUUAUCGCAGCGUGUCACGAGCGGGGAUUACGUAUCUUACUCGAUCUGGUAAUCAACCAUACAUCUAAUCAGCAUGCUUGGUUCAAGGAAUCGAGGCUUGGCAAGAGCAGUCCCAAACGCGAUUGGUAUAUAUGGCGCCCGGCGAAAUACGAUGCCGAUGGCGUUCGGCGCCCGCCCAAUAACUGGCGCAGUAUUUUUGGCGGGAGUGCAUGGGAGUGGGACGAGAUUUCGGGAGAGUAUUAUCUGCAUCUGUUUGCUGUUGAGCAGCCGGAUGUUAAUUGGGAGAACCCUGAGACGCGGGCGGCUGUUUACGAGUCGGCGAUGGAGUUUUGGUUGCGGAAGGGUAUUGAUGGGUUCCGGGUUGACACGGUGAAUAUGUAUAGCAAGGAUCAAUCGUUCCUUGAUGCGCCUGUUAUUGAUCCUAAUCAUGAGCAUCAACUGGAUGCAUCGUUAUUCUGCAACGGGCCACGGAUUCAUGAGUUCUUGCGUGAGAUGGGCCAGAUAUUGCUCAAGUACAACGCUGUCACUGUUGGAGAACUUCCAUGUACACCGGAAGUCACCGAUGUUCUAAAGUACGUUUCGGAGAAAGAGCAGCAACUAAGCAUGGUCUUCCAAUUUGAUAUCGUCGACGUGGGCAGGGGUAAGGAUUUUCCCUUCCAGACCACACCACGAAACUGGACACUACCCGAGCUACGCGCAAGUGUCAAACGCACACAGACACUCAUGGACGGCACGACAGAUGGGUGGAGUACAACAUUCCUAGAAAACCACGACCAGGCCCGCUCCAUUUCACGAUGGGGUAGCGAAGAAACUCCAGAACUAUGGGCUGCCAGUGCAAAAAUGCUCGCCAUGCUCGUGACCAGCCUAUCGGGAACACUCUACAUCUAUCAAGGCCAGGAAAUCGGCAUGGUAAACGCACCCCUGGACUGGGAUAUCUCAGAAUACAAAGACCUCGACAGUCUCAACUACUAUAACUACGUCAAGAAGAUCACAAAGAAUGACCCCGUCGCGUUGAAAGCGACCAAGGUUGCGAUCGCUCAUCUCGCUCGGGACCAUGCCCGAAUACCCAUGCAAUGGGAUAGCACCCCCAAUGCCGGUUUCUCUAGCGAGGGAGUCAAGACCUGGAUGCGUGUGCAUGACAACUAUCCCACCCUGAACGUGGAGAAACAGAAUUCGGAUCCAAAUUCUGUGUUGUCUUUCUGGCGGGACUUGUUGCGCGUUCGCCGAGCCAAUCCGAAUGUUUUUGCGCAGGGUGUGUUUGAAGAUACCGAUCCAUCGCAUGGAUUCGUAUUUACCUUUGAAAAACACUCGGAAAGAGAGAAACUUGUGGUGGCCUUGAACUUUUCUGGAGAGAAACAGUCGGUUGAUCUGGCUGAGCAUAUUGGGAGUGGAACUCCAAAAAUUCUGGCUAAGAACUACGAGAAUGAUGCGUUGGAUGUGCUUCAGCCUUAUGAAGGUCGCAUUUACCUGGUGGAGAAUAUAUCUUUCUCAAGUCUUUUGGAGCGUGAUUUGGUUAAAAACUGA